AUAUAUAUAUAUACACAUAUUCUCUCUCUUGUACAAAGAGAAGAGUGUGAAGCAAUCAUGAAGAGAAACUGUUGUGUGCUUCUUAUCUUUCUUUUCUUUGUUUUUCAACUCUUAUUAUCCUCAACAUCUGCUCGUUUGCUGCCAUCAAAACAAGAUGAAGAAGAGGUUAAGGGUCAGCUGAAAAUAGGUUCACCCGCAGAUAUUAAAGAAGAUGUCUCUAACCUUAUGGGAUCAGAGAAUUAUGAAUGUGAAGACGAAGAAGAAGAAUGUUCAAAGAGAAGAAUGGUAGCAGAAGCUCACUUGGAUUAUAUUUACACCCAAAACCAUAAGAAGCCUUAGGUAUAGAUUAAAGAGUGAAGUAUUUACAUCUUAGUUUGAGAUGCCAACAACGUUACACAGUACUAAAAAGUUGUAUCUCGAUCUAAGUGUUUAUAUUUAGUUUUAAAAUAUUAAUAUACAAUAUGAUGAAUCUGAUAGUAAGCUGUCUUGUAAAAAAAAUGUCAAAAAAAAAAAAAAAAGCUGUCUUGUAAAAAAGCAAAUGUUUUUAGUAUUUACUAGUAAAGUUAGAUGAAAGAAAAGAAUCUUUCUCGACUUUUUUGUCUGAGACCUUUAAUUUUGAUGUAACAAAAAAUAGUUAAUUUUCUUUUGCUAUUUGUCGUCGUUGUGCUG